CCCUUCGACAAACCUCAGGGCUGAUCUUACGUUUUGAACUCAGUUCUCAGUUCCCAGCCAGGUCGAUAGAUAGUCAUUCUAUCAAAGCAGAGAAGCUUACCCAGAGAAGGAAAUUGUCAACCGUAGCAAUGUCUUCGGUACCGAUUCGAAACUGGAUCAAUCUGCUGCGAGAUCUGGCCACUUCGCCCGCCGCCAUCAUUGUGGUGUGUGGGUUUGUGGCGUAUGUGGCCUAUACAAAGACCAGACGCCGCUUUGUGACCUACGACGAUAUCGAUUACAAAAACGAGGGACAUGUGCAGCAGCCAAUUCCGCUGAAGGGACUGAGACUCACUCGUAAGCAACUGGCCAAAUUUAACUCUAAUCGGGCCGACAAAAAGUACCUGGUGGCCCUAAAUGACCUGAUCUACGAUGUUUCGAGUGGAGCCACUGAUUUUGGACCUGAUGGCAAGUAUGCAGAACUCCCGGGCACCGAAAUAUCCAAUUAUGUAAAGAAAGAAUCGCGAUUGGAGGGCCGCGAGUAUGAAUUGUGUUUGAAUGAGUGGCGUAUGAAGCUGGAUGACUUCUUCUAUCCCGCUGGGAAGCUUGUGGCUGAUGCAGCCACCAAAAUGGAUUCAGUACCUGAAGAAAUCGAAGAUAUCAACGAAGAAGAGCAGCCAGAUCUAGAUUUGCUGGAUGAGGAGGGUGACGUGGAGUUGGGAAUAGCCGGGUCUUCCAAACACAACAUAAGUGUGUCUUCAGAAAAAGAUACCAGUUCCGAAGGCGACAGUAAUCGCAUCACCUACGAGGGUUUUCCCGAUAGGGAUGACCGCGACGAGGUGGACAGUGAGGAAGAAGGUCAAGGGGAUUACGAUCGAAAUAAUGUCACUCUCAUUCCUGUUCCGUAAAGACCCUCCCUCACCUUCACGCACAUUGCCCAUUGAAGAAAUCUAGCCAAAAGUGGCACUUAACUCAUCAUAAGCCUCGUAUAUGAACUUAAGCCCUUAGCCAUAAUAACACAAACAAAAAUAUCUCUGCAAUUUUAUGUGUAUCUGCAUUAACACCAACUACACUGAGAGAACAACAAGAAUGUCGCACUGCUGCCCACACUUUAUACAUACCUUUUAUACAUUUUAAGCCAUUUCAUAUCUCAAAUUUUUGUACUCUUACACCAAAAUGGAAAUACUACGAUACAUUCAAAGCGCAGGCAUAUCAAAUAUACAAUUCAAUGGGCAAAAUGAA